UUUCAGUAAUCAACAAGCUUCAAUGUUAAGGCAUAUCGUAUCUUUGGAUAUGAAAGGAAACUUAAAAGUUUAUAUAUAAAACAGGUACAGCGGCAAAUCCAGUAACAUCUACCUCAUUAUGCGAAGAAGGAAUAAGAGGUGUAACAACUAUGUAGUAUCAUGUGCAAGUGUUGUACUUACACCAUAGCUUUACUUCUUUUACUUUUCUUCUCACAUCUGAAAUGUAGUAAACAAAACAUAAUAUCCUGGAAAAGCUGUCCGUUAUCUUAUCUCUGGUCCGAAUAUAGAACAUGUUCCCUAGCACUAGCAGCGAGUGUUCUGAUUGGGUCUUUUUAUUAUGGAGUUGGCGAAUCAGAGAGUUCCUGUCAUAUAUAAAUUCAGAUCAAAUUCUCCGAUAUGAACAGUACUUAAAACCUCAACAUUUUCUCAGCAAAAUCCUUUGAACUUGAGAAAGUAUAACCAUGAGCGGAAGAGGCAAGACCGGAGGGAAGGCUAGGGCCAAGUCCAAGACUCGUUCAUCCAGGGCCGGACUCCAGUUCCCCGUGGGCCGUGUCCACAGGCUGCUCCGCAAGGGCAACUACGGUGAGCGCAUUGGGGCCGGUGCUCCCGUGUACUUGGCCGCCGUGCUUGAAUACCUGACCGCAGAGAUAUUGGAGUUGGCCGGCAACGCUGCCCGCGACAACAAGAAGACUCGAAUCAUCCCCCGCCACCUGCAGCUGGCUGUCCGCAACGACGAGGAGUUGAGCAAAUUGCUCGGCAAAGUGACCAUCGCUCAGGGAGGCGUGCUGCCCAACAUCCACGCCGUGCUGUUGCCCAAGAAGACUGCCAAGGCCCACUAAUUAUUUCAGGCAAGGCACAAUACCAACGGCUCUUUUAAGAGCCACCCA